CGGAAAGUCGUUUCUGAAGGCACGAGUCGCCCAAGAUUCAAAGCACCACCAGACAGUCCGUCAACACAAUCUUGAAAGGAUAAUUUCAUUGGGGGUCAGAUUAGGAAACACUUGUGUACAUUUAUUUAUCGCUGAAGCAAUUUAAACUUUGCAAUCGUGUUGGGAAGGAGAUGCGAAUGUCGUGUGCAGUGACGGGAAAGUUGUAAUACGGUGAACGGACUCGAGGUCCAGGAUGAUGGAAGUUCAGCAGCAACACUCGCCUGUCGGGGUGGGUCCGUUAGACUUUUCGAGACGAGGGGCUACCGAGACGUCGGCGUUUCGCGUUGUCAAGCCUAAACAACCGGCUUCGUCGCUGGUACAUCAACAACCGCUGCCGCCGGAGGCCAACAACAACGAGAAUCUUCAGGAGAACCCGCAGAUUCCCAUCGAUGAAGGAGGAUGCAAUGUUCGUUUAGUGUUCCCGAGACUGUGGGCACCUUUCGGGAACACCACGGAAAUUACAAACCUACCACCUUUACCGAAAAGUCACUCAGAACGACUAUCUUUCGGAGUUGGUCGUCUGGUGGGUUCACCGGCGACGAGGAGUCCCUCGCCGUCUCAAUCCCCUUGCCCGGAUUCCCCUCCGCCCGAGCGCCGGGACGCCGAGGUGGACGUCGACGUCGGCGAGGAGGAGGUCGACGUAGACGUCGAGGAGGUCGGUGACGAGGACGAUCACGACGGUACCUCGAGUCCGCCGCGGUCGUCGUCGACGCCGUCGCCGUCACCGGUGAGCGUCGCGACGUCGCCGAUAUCGCACCCGCCGAAGAAGUCCGGCGACAGCUUCAGCGUGUCCGCGCUCCUCAGGCCGGAUCCGCCCUCCGCGCACCUGCAGAACGCGUCCCCGCAUCGAGAGUCCGCUUCCAUGGGCGCCCAUCCGCCGCCCGGCUCGUCGAUCUUGUAUCCGCCGCUGCACCUUCAGGGCGGCCUCCUGCCGCCCCAUCCGCAUCAUCCUCUCUCGUACCUGCACCCCCAGCUACUGCCGCAUCAUCUUCUGCCGCCGCACUUACACCCGCUGCUGCGCGGCGUUCAUCCAGCUCACCCGGGGCUACACUCGACCCACACGGCCCACGGGCUGCACCAUCCUCAUCCGCUCGGCGACGUCUACAGCUGCGUAAAGUGCGACAAGAUGUUCAGCACGCCGCAUGGGCUCGAGGUUCACGCGAGGCGGUCGCACAACGGUAAACGGCCAUUCGCCUGCGAGUUGUGCAACAAAACCUUCGGCCAUGAAAUCAGUCUCACGCAGCACAGGGCUGUGCAUUCCGCAGAGAAAGUGUUCGAGUGCAAGCAAUGCGGUAAAGCCUUCAAGAGAUCCAGCACGCUCAGCACUCACCUUCUAAUCCACUCGGACACGAGACCGUAUCCUUGCCAAUUCUGCGGCAAGCGAUUCCACCAAAAGAGCGACAUGAAGAAGCACACCUACAUACACACCGGCGAGAAACCUCAUAAAUGUCAAGUAUGCGGCAAGGCGUUCUCGCAGAGCAGCAACCUGAUCACGCACUCGAGGAAGCACACGGGUUUCAAGCCGUUCGCCUGCGAGCUCUGCGGCCGAGCUUUCCAGCGCAAGGUCGAUUUGAGGAGGCACCGCGAGACCCAACACGCCGAUCUGAACGCGUCGCAUCGACCGCCGAUUGGUUCGAUUCCCGGACAGAAUUCCCUGCCCAGUGGAAAUCCGCCGAUGAUGCAGUGAGACGAGGAAGUGGUUGAUAAUCUGGCGCCGGAUUGAUACGAUUGGAGAUCGUCGCAAUUAGCGACUCUUUUCCGCGAGUCAGGCCGGAUUAAGGACGCAACUGUGAGAAACGAAAUCAUGAGGACGAUCUCCGACGAUGGCGGAGACUGGAGCGAUAAAUUAGUCACGUGGAUAGAAUCGCGAGUGAGGCGAUUGCGGAUUGCAACAUGGUGGACUGCAGACUGGCAGAUAUUAACUUUUUGCACUUGUGUUGUUUCCCGGCGUUACAUUUCUCAAGUAAUGGAAAGAAAUGAAUUAACGUUGUCCAAGGCACACAUUUGUAAAUUAAAUUUACAAUUCUAAUUUAUUGAUACAGAAAGAGUCGCACUAUGCACGGUCAUUGAGUGAGACAGUUGAGGAAUUUCAACUACAGAUAUGUUUUCUAAUAAAUGUGGCCACUCUGGGGAAAAAAGAC